ACUACUGAUUUUUUUUUAAAAGAUAACCAUUGUACGAAUAGAAGUGCAUCAGUGCAAAUAAAACCAUCUCAGUAUGCUUAGAAUGUGCAUCUGAGUAAAACAGAUAAUUUUUUUAUUGAUGAUUAUAAAACUAUUUUAUACUUUUUCUGUUUCAAAAUAGAAUUAAUUAUUUUUACCAAAAAAAAUAUAAUUAAUUAAAACACUACUAUUAAAAAAUUUAAUAUAUAUAUUUUUAGUCAAUUAUAAAAAAAUUGCAUUAUCUCAUUGAUCACACAAUAUUUAAUAAGUGUAAAAGUUGUAUUGAAAUGUGAAAAUUACCUAUAUUUUGAAACAAAUAAUAAAUUAGUAUUAAAAAUUACUAUAACAAUAAAUUAACAAGAGAUCUGUUAUGGAAGAUUUGGACCGAACCUAAAUCACGACAGUCAUCUUCACAAGUCUUUUGACUUUGAGCUGCUAAGUUACAUUUCUUCAAUCUCUCUUCUCACCUGAAAACCCUUAACACAAGCUUCCAACAAUGGCGCGUAAAUCAUCCCUCCUCAAACGAGCAGCCAUCGCCGUCGUCUCCGUCAUCGCCAUCUACGUCAUUCUCAACGCCUCCGUCAGCCCCUCCCUCCCUUCCUCCUCCGAUCUCAUCCGCGAAGAAGAUGAACAACCACGUGCUCCGAUUCACCCCAAAGUUAAAGUUUACAUGUACGAUCUCCCCAACAGAUUCACUCACGGCAUAAUCGAGCAGCACGCAAUCGUCCGCGGCGGAAUCAAGGAUGACGUCACCGCGCUCAAGUAUCCGGGUCACCAGCAUAUGCACGAGUGGUACCUCUUCUCGGAUCUAAACCGACCCGAGACGGAUCGACCCGGGUCUCCGAUCACCCGCGUGUCGGAUCCUGCCGACGCCGAUCUCUUCUACGUCCCCGUGUUCUCUUCCCUCAGCUUAAUCGUGAACGCGGGUCGACCCGUGGAUCCCGGGUCGGGUUACAGCGACGAGAAGAUGCAGGAGGAGUUGGUGGACUGGCUUGAGAGCCAAGAGUGGUGGAGGAGGAACAAAGGGAGAGAUCACGUGAUUCCCGCGGGGGAUCCGAACGCGCUGUAUCGGAUCUUGGACCGGGUCAAGAACGCGGUUCUCCUCGUGGCGGAUUUUGGGAGGCUUAGGCCUGAUCAAGGAUCGUUCGUUAAAGAUGUGGUGAUACCUUACUCUCAUAGGGUUAAUCUCUUCACUGGAGAGAUUGGUGUGGAGUCUCGCAACACGUUGCUCUUCUUCAUGGGGAAUCGUUAUCGCAAAGAUGGCGGGAAAGUUCGUGAUUUGCUAUUCCAAGUACUUGAGAAGGAAGAAGAUGUAACCAUCAAACAUGGGACUCAAUCAAGAGAGAACCGACGAGCGGCUACGAAAGGAAUGCAUACUUCAAAGUUCUGUCUAAACCCUGCGGGUGACACUCCAUCCGCAUGCAGACUCUUUGACUCUAUAGUCAGCUUGUGUGUGCCCGUCAUUGUAAGCGAUAGCAUCGAGUUGCCUUUUGAAGAUGUUAUUGAUUACAGAAAGUUUUCGAUUUUCGUCGAGGCCGGUGUAGCUCUGGAGCCAGGGUUCUUGGUUGGGAUGCUGAGGAAAAUAGGAACCGAGAAGGUUCUUGAGUAUCAAAGAGAGAUGAAACAGGUAAGACGGUAUUUUGAUUAUGAUAACCCAAAUGGAGCAGUGAAGGAGAUCUGGCGUCAAGUCUCACAGAAGCUACCACUCAUCAAGCUAAUGAGUAACCGUGAAAAACGUCUUGUCUUAAGAAAUUCUACUGAACCAGACUGCUCAUGUCUAUGCACAAACCAAACUGGUCUAGUCACUUCCGUAUAACCAAAUUUGCUUUGUCUCUUGAGUGAGAGUCAUCAGAUUGUGGAGGAGCUUGAACUCGCUCAACUUCUUGGCCCCGAGACUUACAGAAGGAGAUAUCCACCUCAAGUGGCCUAACCUUUUCGGUUUGGAAAAGCAUUGGUAACAGAUUCGUAAGGAAGAUAGAUUUUGAAAUACUUCUUUGCUUGUAGAUUCCAUUAGUUUUCUCGUACUUGGUACUAGUAUUAGAGUGUUACACUUUAAACGGACCCAACAGCUAUUCUUUUUGACCUCAUUGUUACUCUGCACAUGUCAUAAAAAGUGAAUUACAACUCAGGCUUCAGUUGUUUUCUGCCAGUGUUUGAGAUAGUGUCUUACUCACUGUAAAAUUUUAAGCCUUAA